AUGACCAACAUAGCGGAUUCGGUAUUUGACACUGAGACUGUAGAGAUAUCUCCAGUUAAAACAUGCGAAAUUAUCACUGACAAUAACCCGGCAGUUGCUGAAUCGACCCCGUUAAAACAUCUCAGUUGGUCGUACAAUACUUUUACCAACGAUAUGAAAGGGGUUAAAGCGGACAUAACAGUUAUGCAAAAACAAAUAACAUCUAUAAACAAUGUUAUUAACUCUACCAACGCGAUUAUAGAAUCUAUUAGUAAGGUUUUGGACUCUACCGAAAACCGUCAAAUAUCGUACGACACCAGAAUGGAGACCUUGCUUAAAGAGUUUUCCAUAAUUUUAGACGAGAAAAACAGAGCGAUAAACGAGCGAGAUAUCACUAUUAAACAGCUUCAAGAAAAUUUGUUAGAAAUUGAAAAUGAAAGAAACUCAUUAAAUCUUAAGAAUUUACCAACAAAGCAUGUUGACAAUAAAAGUAAGACUGCAUCGCCGCCAAUGCAGCCCUUGAUGUGUCAAAUGAAUAAUAUUGAAAAUUUAAUCAACUUGUCUAAAAUUAACGAUCUAUGUGAUAUUGAAACCGAUGUCUUGGGCGAUGCAUCCAAAUCUGAUGAUAUGCUUCUAAGUCCAAAUACUUCUACAAUAAAGGAACUUGAGGCCUUUAUCGACAAGUCUUUCUAUAGCGCCUCUGUCGAGCUAUCUAAUCCUGUCCAGCCGACGGACUUCUCUACUCUAGCACAAAGACGCUCUGAAGAAAACCUGCCUAAACUCGAAGCUCAAUUUCUGUCAUUUAAAGAAAACGUUGAAACUCAGCUACAAGUUUUGUCGUACAAACUCUUUGAACAGAAUAAUACCAUAAAUAUAAAUAAACAAGAGCUAUGCAAAUUGACCUGCAAAAAUUUACAUCUUAAAUCACGUAUCUCGGAGUUGGAGGGGAGAUUGUCGCCAAAGAAUACAACAAAUGGGAUUAGUGACCUGAGCCUGCGUGGCAAAAUAGUUAAAGGAAACACUAUCUUAUCUGCGAAUAUAGAUUCUUGUGCUAUUUCUGGUCGCCUUUCGCCUGAAACAACUGCAUAUGUCGAUGACAGUGAUGAAUAUGCUAUCUCAACUACGAAUGACACUUCGGCCCCUAUAAGUCAACAGUGUGGUGAAGAUAACAGCGGAGAUUAUGAUAAAGAGACUUUGAACCGGACUGACAAUAUCGUCAACCCAGAACGCACAAUCAAGUCAACAAAGCAAGUUUUGAACCCGUUAAGUAAUCCAACCAUGGAUAACCAUGGAGAGAACAAAGAAAACAUCGGUCUCGUAUCAGCGAACAGUAUCGAGAGGUGUCAGCAUAAUUCGAUCUCUUACGAGCAAGAAUUAAGGUCCCCCAAAACCCCAACUAGGUCAACAAAUAAGCCUCGCCAGAAGCCAAAUACAAAGGCUGCCUUACAAAGCACAAAUGUUAACAAUAAAAUCAAGUCUGAUCUGCCCCUCCCGACCCGCUCUAAAUCCCAAGUACCUGAGUGGCUUUCCCGUUUACCUUUGGUUGAAAUCCCAGUUGACUAUAGUCAAUCUCCUUUUCCAAAGCGUCAGCGAACCCAGAACCCACCAUACCAGCAAAUCGGAUGUCCCCGAACUAAAUCCCAAGUACCCAAGUGGCUUUCUUGUUUACCUUUGGUUGAAAUCCCAGUUGAUUAUAGUCAAUCUCCUUUUCCAAAGCGUCAGCGAACCAAGAACCCACCGUACCAGCAUAUCGGAUGUCCCCGAACGAGGGAUUGGCUGAGUUACCUCGACUUUGUUCGCCAAGCCACGGGAACCAAUUCGAAAUUACAUCAUUCCGACCGAUCUCAGCUAACUCUUGUUUCACGCCUAACAAUAUCUUAA